AUGAUUAUUACUGGAGAUGAUACAAAGGAAAUCGAGAGACUUAAGGGAAGCCUAUUCCAGGAAUUCGAGAUGAAGGACUUAGGAAACCUUAAGUAUUUUUUGGGGAUAGAAGUGUUGAGAUCUGAAGGAGGCAUUUUCUUGAGGCAAAAGAAGUACAUCUUGGACAUUCUGGCAGAGACGGGACUUCUGGAUUGCAAGCCGGUGGACACACCAAUCUUGGUGAAUCACGGUCUACAAAUCCUAGAAGGGGCGGAACCUGCAAACCAAGGCAAGUAUCAACGCCUAGUUGGGAAACUCAUCUACCUCUCCCACACUAGGCCCAACAUCGCAUAUACCGUGGGGAUUGUGAGUCAGUUCAUGCACAAACCACAAAAGCAUCACUAUGAAGCUGCAUUACGAAUUGUCAAGUAUCUUAAGGGGACCGUUGGACAUGGGAUAAUGUUCAAGAAGAAUGAACAGAGAGGAAUUUAUGGAUAUACAGAUGCUGAUUGGGCAAGCAACCCAAUAGAUAGAAGGUCAACCGCAUGUUAUUUCACCUUUGUUGAGGGGAACCUAGUCACUUGGAAGAGUAAGAAAUAG